CACGAAUAUCAGUGAUAAAUAUAUAUGUAUCUCACACGGAUUUUCGUGGUAAAUUUUUUCCCGCUCACUUUUUUGGAACAAAUUCAAUUUCCCUCCCCUAGUAGUAUUACACACGGAUUUCCGUGGAUUACUGAGGUACAUACACACGGAUAUCAGUAGCAAAGGUAAAUGUAUUUCACACGGAUUUCCGUGGAAAUUCCGCUUAUAACCAGCAAAUUGAUCCAAAUCUGAACCAUAUCGAUCCAUGUCCUUCUCCCCCACCCCUAAAGCGUAUCGAUGUCCUUCUCCCCCAAAUCGAUUCAGCCUUAUCAGAGGUCUGGAAGCACCGCCUCCAGCUACAAUAAUCUGUCUGUGAAAUUUGAACUCUGCAAUCCCAGAAAAAAAACGAGAGCAUGUCGAAGGAGAGAGCCAAAAGAGGCACACUGCCUCCAGCCCAAGAGCAAAUUGAGAAAGUUGUAGAGGAAGGUAACUACUAUGGAGCUCAGCAGCUGUACAAAUCUAUUAGUGCGAGAUAUGUAGCUGCUCAGAGGUAUACUGAAGCUUUAGAUAUUCUUCAGUCGGGUGCAUGCAUCCAGUUGAAACAUGGGCAGGUUACGUGUGGGGCAAGGUUAGCUGCUUUGUUUGUGGAUACACUUGUCAAAGCGAGAUCCCCUUAUGACGAUGAAACCCUCGGUCAGUUGGAAAGUGGUAGUGUCUUGUUUAGUGUCCUUGUUUUGAUAUAUAUAUUUUUUUCAGCUCUGAGGACUUCUUGUCCUUGUACUUUGAUCUUUUUUUUUCUUUCUUUUUUCUAUAAACGUUUGUCCCCAGUUGUCUAAACUUUUGAUUAAAAAAGAAAAAAACAAAAAGAAAAUAAUAAUUCAAGGGAGUAGAACCCAGUAACAAGUUUUUCCAAGUUUUCUCCAACUUACUGCAGAUGCUAGGUGGGAGCUUGACAUUUUGUGGGGUUAGUGGAUAAAACAGAUUGUACCAACUGAAACUUGGAUAAUAUUUAUGUUGCCCUUGACACUUCCGUUUCCUUAAGGAUAUGUUGGUGCUUGGUUUUGAUCCAUAAUGGAUUGCUAGAUUUACAAUGUGUUCAAGGAGGAAAAGAAGAAUAUUGGUUUCAAAUUGGGCUUGGGUAACAAGUAAUUUAGAAUAUCUGUGACUAAUGUUUUUAAAGUAGCUUAAGAUGGUUUCAGCUGCAAGAAAACUGCAGUAUUCACUGUGUCCUUAGUAGGAAGCAUAGAAAUUGUAGUCCUUAAGUAGGGGAAUGAUACUGUAGUUUAUGAACACAAGCUCAUCCAAUAUUUAUGCUGCAUAUGUGGGGGAAUGCCAAGAAUGCAAUGAAAUUUACUUGGAAUAUUAAAGCGUUAUACUAAUUUUUCUAACAUGUGUAGUUGAAUUGAAAGAAAGUUAAAAUUGAUAGAUUGCUGCAUAGAACUUUAUAAGGUCUGUGAUCAAUUCCAAAUUAUUUGAAGAUAUAUAGAAUUAAUAACAUCAACAAUAUGUUUGUAUGUACAGUGCAAAGCAUCCUCUAGUCCUCUGCACCGAUGAUUCUGGGGUCUUUUAUACCAGCCCUUCCAACGAGUACAACCUUCCUGCUUCUGCAUUUGGUCUUGGAAGGAGGGAAAUAUUUCAGCUAACGAGAAAUUCGUGCAAGUUUAUAUUUGCUGAUGAUGGAGUGAAGAGAGAAUUAAAGGAGAUUUUUAGUUCACCAGAACAGAAGCUCGACCAAUCUUUCGAAUUUAGGGGCAUAUGCAGAAACGCUGAUCAUUUCAUAAGUUGUAUUAUCAACUGUUAUUGACAUCUUUAGAAUUAUAUUUUUUUUCUUCAAGUAAUGCAGAAUCUUCAUUGGUUCCUAAUUAA